GAUCAUUGCGCUCUUUUCCAAGCCGUCUCAAAAUACCUUCAUGUCCAUUUCUAAUCAUUACUGAUUUUCAAGGCACUACCGACUACGGGAACUAAAUUUAACUUCCGUUAUCCCAUAUCACAUCUAACGGCGCCGGCCGUCUCCAGAAUCCUAUCUUCCUACCCCAACCAAAUAUUCCACGAAACUUAUCUGCUCGCCCAUCUUCUCGAAUGUUCUCGCCACGUCUACUCAUUUGCGAGCGAGCACGUAAAAUUUCAUUUCUCUUCGGAAUCUAUUCCCUCCAUCCCCCUCACAUCAAGUUAGCCGUGGAAUUGGGCCUUACCCACCCGCAUCCUUACCAGUGAUAUCACUCGGAUCAAUCUAUCCACAUUCAAGAAGAUUAACCCCAAGCGGUCAAAGCAUUUUCCGCGGAUGGGAAUGGUUACAACAUCUCAAUCAUGAUCCAGACCAACUUCUCAAUCUCCUAUCUAUAUAUGCAGAGAGGUGGACAAAUAUUAUUGCCCUAUGACGCCAACAUAUGUUAGGUUAGCCCAACACGAUGAUUCCGGGAAUAAUGAUGCGAGGCUUUGACCUGAUGUUCGUUAGUGCAGAUCCGGAUCGUCGUGGUCGUGGGGUAGGAAUAAGCUUUUAUACAUUCCGAAAAUAAACAGAUCUUCUCGAAAUAGAAAGUCUUUGAUUACCUAGGUACCUACUUUCGAAAAUCCCCCCGGGCUCGGUUAGCACGGCCUGAUACUAUUGAUCUCUGAAGCGGUGGUAAGUGCUCCAUUGAUCGUCCUUGGGCCGAUAUCUUCAUUCUCUCUAUAUCUGCCUUAUGAUUCCGUAUUUUCCGGGUCUUUACUCAUGAUCGGCUUUCUUUUUGAAGCGUAAGAUCUCGUGGAUUCGGGAAUGCCGAUUGAUAGUCUUGAGGAGAAUCCAAAGUCUUGGCUUGAGGCCCAAUGAAUACCUCUAUUCAAAUGAAAAUCCUAUCUGAGUUGCCGCGGAAAAUGGAGAUAAUUAUAUUGGCUCUCCAUACGCUUCAGCCGCAUAUAUUUAUGGUCCAAUUAUGUAUAUUGAUGAGCGAAGAACUUAGCGGUACUUCCUUUCAAAUCAAGAUUUCCCUGUGACUUCACCCUCCCUCACCAGCUACGACUUCAAAAAGUCACUAUAAAUCUACUAAAAAUCCAUUAUUCAUUGUGGGGACACUUUCCAGAGGUAGAAAUACCAUGAAAAAAUGAUAUUGCGUUAGCCAGGAAUCAAAUCCGGGUGGUGGCGAUCCAUUUCGAUGGGAACCUAAUCGCCGUCCCUUUACCCGCGACCUUUUGUAUCCCCACUACUUCCAACUAUGUCGACGCUAUGUAUGUGAUACUUGAAAGUUAGCAUCAUCUCCUAGACGAUUUUGUCAUUCCUAGGGUGCACUUCCCCGGGCUUCGUUAUUCUAGCACCGGCAUCUACCAUUCCUCUCACGCUUUCCAUCAAGACAACCUGUUCGAUACUAGAAGCUUCUUUUUGGAAGAUCUACCUUUCUUUUCUCCUCGACAAGUUUAGUAGCCAGUUCGUUUGUGAACCUGGGUUAGAAUCGUUGAACAUGCUAGAUACCUCGAGAGAUAUUGUCUGUCGGUAUUCUUCACUUUCACUUCCACCUACAAUUUCACAAAUUCACCUGUCAAUCCUACUUUUGUUGUUUUCAGGAAUACCUGGCAAAUUCACCUCGCCCCUUCCGUUUACCCCACUUCAUCUUCAAGAUUCAAGACCUUCGCAUUUGGGAAUUCCUUCCAACCUACAAAUCUUGGACUCCAAUACUAACAACCAAAAACAUCUAGAGGUCCUUGGACAACUUGACAGAAUGGCCGUUCUUGACUCUUUGCCUGGAAUCGAGGUUACUAUGUGCGUCGAUGGAGAAUCAUUGAAGGAAUACGAGAACAAUGAACAUGAAGCAAUGUUGGUGGAGCCAGAAGCACUCGAUGAGAAGUUUGAAGUCGUCAAACAUCAACGUUCUGUGACUGUCAAGAAGUUUGUCGAAUCUGAGGCGGGCAAAUUAUUUUCAAUCAGGUGCGCCGCCAAGGAUCCCUACAGAUAUACAGGCGCUUGUACCCAUAUUACAUUCGAAUGUCUCGUCGAUGGCGAGAUUGUGACUGGGGGCAUUUCCAUGAGCAAAGAUGAAUACGAGGAGUAUGGGUUUAGCUACAAUGACGUGAUUAUGGGAAACAUAUAUCAGGAGCAAGGACAGGAACUGCUGCAAAGGUUUCAAUUUAUCAAGACGCGCAUGAGUAAGAGUGCGAGAGCCGCGUGACUUUAAGAAGCAUACUGAGAUGACACCAGUCGAUGACAAUCCAAUCUCAGAGGCUACUGAUCCCUAUGAAAGAACAUGUUUGAUGGGGAAAAUCGAGGUUCGAGUCUUUCGAAUGUUGUUCAUAGGAUAUGCUGGAAGACCCAACAAUACGUCAUUGACUACUCAGGUCGAUGUUCCUGAGAGAAUGUUGAAGGGAGAAGCAAAAUCGCAUAGUACAUUGUAAGCCUCUUGAUCUUCCACUUACUACUUUAUGAUUGAAUUAUGAUUGGCUCUGACUGACCUUGCGAAUAGGUUUGGAAAGGGAGAGGUUAUAGAACCACGCAACUAUGCGGACGCGGAAUUCUGUGGUGGUGGAGUGGACUAUCCUAUUGCAAUAUUCAAAUUUCAAUAUGGUUCGAAAGGUUGGAGUUGUUUCACAGAACCUCCUUUAUAUCCAUUAAGUACGACUAAUGAUUGAACUACGCAGAGGAUCUCGAAUCACUAGGAGUUAUUAAAAGAUGUCCGGAGCCAAAGAUUGAGCCAGAGUUUUGCUUUUGUUCUGACCUUGAGUCGGUACUCAAGCCGAUCAGCGAGCCUCAAACUCCAAAAAUGCCAUUGUUAGACAUAAAGGUAGAGAGGGAGCUGUUACAGAAGACUUCUCAUGCCGAAUCAACCUCAAGUACACCAGUAGACACAUUCGUCUGUUCACCACUCAAGCAAGAGCUUCAAGAGGCUGAUAGACGAAAUCCCGCAAGAACAGCUCCCACGCAACCCGUUAUCUCUCCUAAUCACUUAUCGCCACCGAAUCCUGAAAACUUAAACAUUCAAACUUUGAAUCCGACACAGACUGGUCAACUGAUUGGUCAAAUUGGCCAGCCCUUGCAAUUAUUGCAAGGCCAAGUUGGGCAGCCUGCACAAGUACUUGCCCAUACACCUGCGUCAUUCCGAGCAAAUAAUACUGCAGCAGCUACUCCAACUCCACCAGUAUCCGCUAGCAGCAGUAGUGGUGUCAAUGUGAGUACUUCAGAUCCACCAAUCAAGCGUGAGCGAGAACAAAGCGGGAGUAGAGAUCGCAAGAGACGUCGCAAGCCAAGGGGAAAAGUCACAAUUGACCUUACAGAGGAUGAUUCCGACGAUAAUAUUGUGAUCGAUCUUGAUUCAGAUUGAGCCUCCGGAAUUUCCUUGAGGUCCUUGAGUAUCGACUUCCGGUCUUUACGUUGGAGCGUCUGAGAUGGUCCCGGAGCGUUCUCUAGUUCUUCUAGCUCUUAAUGACUUCACUCUAUCUAGUGCUAUUAUUAUCUCCAAGGGGAAUUAUGCCGUUCAUCAAAGUUUGGAGGGGGCCCAUACAUGAUUGGGCAUUAUUAUUAGGUCAAUGGGUAUGCAUCCGAGCGAGAAACAGAGGUUGCUACGUAUAUUCAUAGCCUUGCAGGACUUCUGGCAAUAUAAGCCAUCAAAAGUAUAUGAGAGAAUCCUACAAAUACAGCACUACUUCAUUUUCCUGGCAGGUAUGCGGUUAAUUCCCAUGAAUAUGUGCCAAGGCUUCGAAGUUUUGCGGUAUUCAGACAAAGAUUUCAUCUAAACUAUUCAUAACAAGAAUAAGAACCCGUACAACCACGUAAUAUCCCUAACGAGAAAGAUAUAAUAAUUCACUCCUGAUCCGGUGACAGUUUGCCGGAAAUCUACAAAAUUUCUAGCUCAAAUUUAUCGUUGAUUACCCCGCUCUUGCUCUUGACUGGAGCUUGGAGAUAUAUUCUCCAAGUUUCGUUUUUCAGGCUUCCUCCUCUAGGCUCCUCUAUCGUUAUUAACCCUCCCAAAACUUACCAACAACACUCAGUCUU